GGUGGGGCAGACCCGGGCUAGGGGUUGCAGUGGAGUCUGUAUCGUUCCUCAGGCGCGCCACGUCUCUCGUCUCACCGCUCUCCGGCAGCUGUGGUGGCAUCCCGGCCCACCGUCCCUCCUGUCCAGCGCAGCCCACGCUCUCCGCGCUUCGGAGAAGCAGACUCUGCGGGUCCUGUUCAGCUUUUCCCUCCGUCCCAGAGAGCGCCAUGGCAACCAGAGGCACAGUGACUGCCUUCUCUGGCUUUGAUGACCGGGCUGAUGCUGAAACUCUUCGGAAAGCAAUGAAAGGCCUGGGUACCGAUGAAGAAAGCAUCCUGACCCUGCUCACAGCCCGAAGCAAUGCCCAGCGCCAAGAAAUUGCAGUGGCGUUUAAAACUUUGUUUGGCAGGGAUCUUCUGGAUGACUUGAAAUCAGAGCUGACCGGGAAGUUUGAGAAGCUCAUCGUGGCUCUGAUGAAGCCCGCGAGGCUCUACGAUGCCUAUGAACUGAAGCAUGCUUUGAAGGGAGCUGGGACAAAUGAAAAAGUGUUGACUGAAAUUCUGGCAUCCAGAACCCCUGAAGAAUUAGUGAGCAUCAAACAAGCUUAUGAAGAAGAGUAUGGCUCCAGUCUGGAGGAUGAUGUCAUUGGAGACACUUCUGGAUACUACCAGAGGAUGUUGGUGGUUCUUUUGCAGGCUAACCGAGACUCUGAUAAUGGGCUCAAUGAAGACUUGGUGGAACAGGAUGCUAAGGACCUCUUCCAAGCUGGGGAACUGAAAUGGGGGACAGAUGAAGAGAAGUUCAUCACCAUUCUGGGAACACGCAGCGUGGUUCAUUUAAGAAGGGUGUUUGACAAAUACAUGACGAUAUCAGGAUUUCAGAUCGAAGAAACCAUUGACCGGGAAACAUCGGGUCACCUGGAACAGCUGCUUCUUGCUAUUGUAAAAUCUAUCCGAAGCGUACCUGCCUACCUUGCUGAGACGCUCUACUAUGCCAUGAAGGGCGCUGGCACGGAUGACCACACUCUCAUAAGAGUCAUUGUUUCCAGGAGUGAAAAAGAUCUCUUCAACAUCCGAAAAGAAUUUAGAAAGAACUUUGCAACUUCUCUUUAUUCUAUGAUUAAGGACGACACAUCUGGAGACUACAAGAGAGCCCUCCUCCUGCUCUGUGGCGGAGAAGAUGACUAAUGUGGCCUUGCCGAGGAAGCUCCUCCCUCUGGGCCUGCCCCCACCCGGUGCCUUCCAGCUAGCCUCUCAUGUAGCCUCAUUUUUGUAUGUUAGCGCUUGCUGUAUUGCCUUAUUCAUACUAGCAUGCUAAUGAUGGCCCCCAAGUGGUAGCAUCCCAUAGAAGAGAUUUCUGUGCUUCCCUCCGAUCGCCACACCGAGGUUUCCCUACUUCCUGGGUUGGGAGAUCAGGGGCAAAAAACAUCCCUAACUCCUCCUUCGGGACUCAGUUUAGAGCCUGGCUCCGGGAUUCUACCAUCACAUUAUAGUAUGAUUAAAAAGGAAAUCUGUGUCUAAAAAACAAAAAA